CCAACGACUUCUGUAAUACUUGACUUCGGUCGUCCUCUCUUUAACUGCUCCAGCCAGCUUCAGUCACUCACUUCACAAUUCACACUACUUUCAACCCUUCUUUCUCGAAAACUCCCGAUCAAUCAGUCAACAUGCGCUACGCUUUCCUUGCUACUGCCCUCUUCGCUGGCGCCAUGGCCAUGCCAGGCGCGCCCUCUUACGGCGAGGCGCCACCGGCUCCAGCCUACGACACUCCAAGCAGCCCAGCUGGCUACGAGCCGGCUGAGCCGACCACUUCCUGCACCGAGGGCUGGCCAGAGGAGUCCAUGACCGUGCCAGUCUACAGCCCACCAGCUUCGGCCGUCACUCCAUCCGCCCCAGGCUACGGCUGGUCUGCCCCAGCUCCACCAGCUUCGUACCCACCGAUGUCUGAGUCCAGCUCCUGGUCAUCUUCCUACCCAGUGUCGCCAAAGUCCUCAAGCUCCUGGACUGCACCGGGAGCAGCUCCAACCUACCCAGCAUCGCCUGAGUCCAGCUCGUGGACUGCUCCGGGAGCGGCCCCAACCUACCCAGCAUCGCCUGAGUCCAGCUCGUGGACUGCUCCGGGAGCGCCCCCAACCUACCCAGCAUCGCCUGAGUCCAGCAGCUCCUGGUCUGCUCAGCCAUCGCAGCCAGUCAGCCCUGUCCAACCUCCAUAUCCUUCCGGCGAAGCUCCAAUGUAUCCUACAGGCACUGGAUCGCCAGUCUCGCCUGUCAUGCCUACAGGCACGGGCGCCGGAUCAUAUCCCUCCAGCCCCAUGCCAUACACUGGCGCUGCCGCCGCUCUGAACGUUGCUGGCGGCUUCGCUGGUGUGGCUGCCAUCAUGGCUUUCUUCCUCUAAGCGGGUCUUUGCGUGAUGUAUGGUCAUACCUGGCCGCCAGAAGCGAAAAUAACAGUACGGCUAUGACCUUGCGUUGGACAGGCGCGAGAUACCCAUGAGUUGCUUUGGCUUGGAACAGGUUUCAUCAAGACAUGGUGGCUUAUGCGGCUGUCGAAGAGUAAUGUAAUCGACAAUGCGGUCGAAGGCUGGGAUGCAUGCGACAGGGCUCUUGGUGCUAGGAUAGCAUUGUACAGUAUCAACAAUGUAUACGCAGGGUUUUCUUGAAUUUUGGAACGGUCAUGAACAACGCGGAUAGAUUCUCUCGGUAGUCUGGUGUUUCGUCAUCGAUGUUAUGGGCUGUACAUAAUGCGCUGAAUCUGUUGCCAUCUG